GCUUAUUUGGUGAUUGUUUAGAAUACAAACUUUCUCUCGUUACCCUGCAGCAGAAUCGGAAUGCGCUGGGGUACUAGCGAUCGUGUGUAUAUUAAACGUCCGAUCACUCGCAGUCACUCGGCUCAGCAUGUGCAUCGUGGGCUUCCCAAGAAUUAUGGUCACCAUGAGCUCGGAAACCCUGAUGAGCCCGGCUCUGGUCGAAGCUGUUUGUCAUUGCUGAUUGAACAUUUCGGGCAAGCUGCAAAAUUAUCAAGGUAGGAUGCGUGCUGGAACCAUGUGGGCGAUGGUAUGCUUCGCCUCGGUUUGCUUCGCACUCCGAGCGAAUAUGCGCCGCUCAAGCCUAGAGGAAAGAAUUCCAUCUCUCAGCGAGGCUGAUGGUGAAACAUGGUAUUGGCUUCCCACGAGCGCGGGAGGUUGGAUACUCGUGCUGAGAGACGGAAAGGUCCUGGAGCCCCUCUGUAAAUUGUGGCGGUAUUGCUGUAAUCAUUGUGCCAGUCUUGAUAUGGUCCAGGUAGCAUACAAGCCCCAGUUGUCUUCUCCAUCCGUCACCAGUGACUCGAAUACGUUAGUCCAGAUCGUGUACUCCCCAAUCUGGUUCCUGAGAUCAAGGCCACUGAAAUAGCCACGGAUUCACGGUGAAGUGAGCAACACAGCAUCUUCACAGU